AUGAGCAUUAAUCCAUUUGCCAACAUUGGACAGACUGUUCUCUACCUGUCCGGAGCCGCUAUUCUUUCAGUGGUAGUGACCAAAACAGUUAUUCGUCAGAGGAGAGAUAAUAAUUUCCGUCCACAUGCUCGUGAUACGGACGAAGAUGCUGGUAAGGAGGAGGGGGACUAUUAUAGUAAUUUAGCCAAGGUUAAGCCUGGCUUCCCGUUGGAGCAGGGUAAGAGCAACGAGAGGAGUCGGAAAAGUGAGUUUGAAGGCGCUGGUCUGUCUUAUAAGAGCAGGAAAGGUGGUGACAGACUUGGUUUCCUCGAUAGGCGGCGGGGUGCGGACGAUGACAACACCAAGUAA